AUGGCAAGCUAUCACAGCACUAUAGACCAGUAUAGACAUCAUGAAAGUCUAUAUAUUACCAUAAAGUUUGGUCAAGAUCUUAUUUUUGCCUCUCUUCUCUUCUUCUUGCUUCUCUAUCCUUCUCUUGGUGUUGAUGUUGUUGGUGCUGGUACUGGUGCUGGUGCUUUGAACUCUGCUCUCUUCCCUCCUGCUCCUCCUCCCCCCAACUAUUUUCGCAUUUUUGACCAUUUGGCAAGUCUUUUCUCUGACUCUCACUUCCUCCUGUCUGAUCCUCUCCUUCUAGCUCCCUUCCCUCCUCUUCCCUCAAGAAUUUUCGCAAUUUUCACUAUUUGUUCUCUUGCCUCUUCCUUCUAGUUCUCUUGCCUCUUCCUCCUGUAAUUUUCGCAUUUUUGCCUGUUUUGUAGUUAUUAGUUUACAUGUAUUGUAGUAGUUGAAAUAUAAUUUGGAAUUUUCGCUUU